CACCCACCCAGCCCUCCUCUGGCAGACGCCGGACUGGCGAAGCAGCGAACCCGACUAUUGGCCGACGGAUUGUGAGACACCCAGGGAGCGAGAGAGACCAAGGGAGUACAUGAAGCCGACUGUUAACUUCAGGCUCUGUUCACCACACGAAGUCGCUCUACGUUAGGUAACGAUGAGUACAUCAGAGUGCUUGGAUCGAAUGGAACUCUGUGAGAGCCUCUUGACAUGGGUCCAGACAUUUGGAGUGGAGGCACCAUGCAAGACGGUAGAAGACUUGACGAGUGGUAUCGUCAUGGCCCAAGCUCUACAGAAAAUAGAUGUAGUGUAUUUCAAUGACGCUUGGAUUAGUAGAAUCAAGCCGGAGGUUGGGGAUAACUGGAGGUUAAAAGUCAGCAAUCUAAAGAAAAUUCUGAAAGGCAUCCUAGACUAUAACCAGGAGAUCCUAGGCCAGCACAUCAAUGACUUCACACUACCAGAUGUUAACCUUAUUGGAGAACACUCUGAUGCAGCAGAACUUGGGAGGAUGCUACAACUUAUACUGGGCUGUGCUGUCAACUGUGAACAGAAACAAGAAUACAUCCAGACCAUAAUGAUGAUGGAGGAGUCCGUGCAACAUGUUGUCAUGACAGCCAUCCAAGAGCUGAUGAGUAAAGAGACUCCAGUGGCGGGAGGAAAUGACUCAUAUGUGGAUCUAGACAGACAGUUGAAGAAGACAGCAGAGGAGCUGAAUGAUGCUUUGGCUACCAAGGAAGAGAUAUCCCAGAGGUGUCGUGAGCUUGACAUGCAGGCCCUCCAUGUCCAAGAGGAGCGUGAUAGACUGAGGUUAGAGUUUAAUGAGCUAGAAGAGAGGGUGGCAGCGCUACAAGAGGAGAAGAGCAGUUUGCUAGCAGAAAACCAGGUCCUGAUGGAGAGGCUUAACCAGUCUGACUCCAUAGAGGACAUAAACAGCCCCGCUGGACGCAGACACCUCCAGCUGCAGACACAACUGGAGCAACUACAGGAAGAAACUUUCAGGUUGGAGGCAGCAAAAGAUGACUACCGGAUUCGUUGCGAAGAGCUUGAAAAAGAACUCUUGGAUGUAAAGUCACAGAAUGAAGAGCUUGCGUCACUGGCUGAUGAAGCCCAGUCUCUCAAGGAUGAGAUGGAUGUCCUCCGGCAUUCAUCAGACAAAGUGUCAAAGCUGGAGGGCACAGUGGAACACUACAAGAAGAAACUGGAGGACAUGGGACUUCUCAGGAGACAGAAUAAGCUUUUGGAGGAGAAGAACACAGUGUUAAUGCAGACCAAUGUCAGUUUGGAAGAAGAGCUACGAAAAGCAAAUGCUACCAAAGGCCAGCUGGAGACCUACAAGAGACAGGUGGUUGAACUUCAGAACAGACUGUCAGAAGAGUCUAAGAAGGCCGACAAGAUGGAGUUUGAGUACAAACGCGUCAAAGAGAAAGUAGACUCUCUACAAAAAGAAAAAGAUCAUAUGCGGACGGAGAGAGACUCCCUGAGGGAGACUAUCGAGGAGCUACAUUGUGUCCAAGCCCAGGAGGGUCAACUUACAUCAGGUUUGUUCCCGUUGGCCAGCAACGACGGCUCUGACUCGCUGGCUGCUGAGAUCACCACCCCAGAGAUUCGAGAACAUUUAAUUCGUCUUCAGCAUGAGAACAAGAUGUUGAAGCUGGCCCAGGAGGGAUCAGACAAUGAGAAGAUUGCACUGUUGCAGAGUCUACUGGAGGAUGCAAACAGAAGAAAGAAUGAACUGGAGACAGAGAACAGGUUAAUCAAUCAGCGCCUGAUGGAGGAACAGAGUCAGGUAGAGGAGCUGCAGAAGUCUCUUCAAGAACAGGGUUCAAAAGCAGAUGAUUCUUCCAUUCUGAAGAAGAAAUAUGAGGAGCACAUGGAGAAACUACAAGAGUUGAAUAAUGAGUUACUGAAGAAGAAUUCCUUCAUUGACGAAAUGGAGCCUAAAUACAACGCCAGCUCCCAACGAGUGGAUGAGCUAGAAGAGGCCUUGAAGAAGAAAGAUGAAGACAUGAAACAGAUGGAGGAGAGAUAUAAGAAAUACCUGGAAAAAGCCAAGAGUGUGAUCCGGACCCUGGACCCCAAGCAGAACCAGGGUUCAGGUCCAGAGGUCCAGGCCCUGAAGAACCAGCUGCAGGAGAAAGAGAGGAUGUUGCACUCAUUGGAGAAAGAGAUGGACAAGACAAAAGGCCAGAGAGAUUACGAGGAGAAACUGAUUGUGUCAGCCUGGUACAAUAUGGGUAUGUCUCUGCAGAAGAAGGCGGCUGAAGACAGACUUGCCAACACCGGCUCUGGUCAGUCCUUCCUGGCCCGGCAGAGACAAGCCACCAGCACACGGCGCUCCUAUCCAGGCCACGUCCAGCCAGCUACCGCAAGAUCCAUGAGGUAGAGAUGCCAGCAAUGUCAGUGCAUGACUGGCUCACCAAUGAACUGGCCUGGUCUGUCUGGCCUACACUGCCCCCCGGGCUGGGCUAGGCUGAGGCACGCGAUGCAUGAACUACCUGCCUGCCUGCCUACUGUUUGCAUGACUUUGCAUUGAGCCUGCGAAUAAUCAGCACAGCAGCAGCAGCAGCAUGAGCACUAACAACCCUCUGCAGUGUCAUGCAUUGUAACCUCCAGACAAGCCUGAGGAGGGAUGGGGUCGGAAAAGAAAACCCUCACCCUCCUUCCCCUAAUUAAAACCCUUUCCGCCCUUCCAGCUCCUUACUCCUCAUGUUCUCCUGCUCUUUGUUCUCCUCUCCAUUCUCCUCCCCUCCUCUCCUCCAUCUCUCCUCCCCCACCCCUCACUCUUCAUGGACAUGCCUGCUUGUGCUUCCACACCGCAUCAAGUCUGUUACAAUUCAACCUACGUUACAAACGCCUAGGACAGGGGCAGAAUAUCGCAACAUAGACUGUCAAUCAAGCAGUUGAUCUAUUAAUAGGCCUUUUCUGUAGUACUUGUGUGUAACUUGACGUCGGCUGGCUGAUUCAGGAUACCUCAAUGACAUAUUUUCAUAUAUCUGUUUUUAUUUACAUGGUUGGAGGAGAGUUGGCAUCAGUGUGAGAGAAAUAUUUGAGAGGUGUAGCCUGCAAAUCAGUCUGCCUAACAAAAAAAAUAAGGAGUCUGCUCCCCUUUUAAACUUUUAAGUGUGUAUCUUCUGCAAUUGUUCUGCCCAGCCACUCCUCAACAUGUUGCUAGAUGGCAUCUGAGAAGUGGUUUUACCUCAAGUAUUAGUGAGUACAACAAGUUUUGGACUUAUGGAGAGCUUAUGUGGCAUUACUGUGUUGCCCUGUAGACUUUUGGGCAGUUUGCAGUAGGAGCAUAGGAUGGCAAAAUAACUGUUUUUAAAUGAAUUACAUUGUUACUGAUAUGCUUUUAUACAGGAUAAAAGCCCCCAUUAAGCCUACUUGCAAUUUUUCUUUUGAUGGGAUUUAAUGUCAGCGUAGCGUCUAUUUCUCAAAUGCACAUUUAAUACGCAAUUAUAUAGUGUUUCUGAUGUUGGCUGUAUUGUAGUUGACUACUAUGUUACUUGUUUAAGUAGCAAAUAACCUGUGGUCUAAUUGAGCCAAAGGCAAGAAGCUCAGCUGACAGUGCAUUUUGUCACACGUUUAAUACAUUUAACCAUCAUUUGAUUCAUUGCCUGAAAUUUUAAAAAAAAUAAAGAAAUGAAACUGUACAUCAGCUCGCGUAGGCUAAUGUACAGUACAUUCAUUUGGUUGGAUUGAAAGGGCCAACCAUUUUUAAAAUGUAGAAAGGGAAACCAGUGCAACAGUCUCAGAUCAAACCCGUAUUCAGUCCAUUUCAAAAGCGUUCCCACCAGGCAGUUCAUAGUAAUAAUGUAAUUGUUUGACAGUGUUUCAGUAUUUUGUCAGUGCAACUUAACGGCACAGUUAUGUGAAAUUAUUUUUAGGUAUUAAUUGGAAGAAAUUGACUGCAGUGUUAAGCGCAAUACAAAGAACAGUUAUACAAGACACAAAUUAUAGUAUUAGUAAUAGGGAAACUUAACUUGGUGUUGUCACACUGUACGUUUUGAGUAGCUUUUUUAAUAAAAGUCUCAUUUAAAGUUUAUUUCCAGAGCUUAUUAAAAUGAUGAACCUAAGGACCUGGACCUAAGGAUAUCUACAUAUUAUAGGCAUAAGUGCAUACAUUUUUCAAAUGAGAGAGAUGGUUGAAUCCUCCAAUUUAGUGCCUUUGUUUAAAAUGUGAGAUUUAAACGGAAAAAAAACAAAAACAAGACUGACUGGUCUUUUUAUGACUAAAGGCAGCAAGACCAGUUUUAUUGUGUUAUUUGAAGGGGGGGGGGAGUCUGAGAUGAGCUUUCUUGACAAAAAACUUGUAUUAUUUGGUUUAAGUUGGCUUAAAGAGGGUUUUUCUUCUGUGUUUUUUAAACCUAUUUUACUCAUAAAUGUUAUAUUGUGUAACCUUGGUUUAAUUCAUGCAGUGCAUUUUUAUCUUAAUGGCUUAUUUAUUCUUUUGCCGCUUGUACAGCUGUGUUGUUACUUUUUUUUAUUAUAUUAGUAGUAGUAUUAUAUCACCACUUCUACUGUUACAAUGGAUGUGUUUCCAUACAUCAACAAAAUACUGUUAAAUGCUCGUCUUAUGCAACAAAAGGAGGAGAUGGUUUCAAGUAGUGUAGUUUGUCUCCAUCUAAUGAAAAUGACACCAAGGUUAUUAUAUUAACUGUGUCGGCUCAGAAAACUGAAUACUGUGUAAAAUGGCGAAAGUAGUGCAAGGCUACAUUACCUCCAGUCAGGAAGAGGAGUUUCUUAGAAAAUGACUGUGCUAAGAAACUCGUCAUGUUUGAAACUAAAUGUUUUCUCGUUAACAAAAAAGCACAUUUUACACUUUUAAUUCACUGAGUUGUUGGUGAAUUUACUGUGACCCUACAAAUGAUCAUAUUUUCCAGUGUUUCAGUGACAAAGAGUGGCAACAAAGACUGGGGCCAUGUUCGUGGAAAAGGCUCAUUAGCUAUUGGUUAUGCAUGUGUAAUUGCAUUGGGCAUCAAAUAAAUUUCCAGAAGUGAGCAGUGAAAUAACAUUUGCAGUAUAAAUUCAGUUGCAAAGUAAAGAGGUGACAUGUUGUGUCCAGUUCUCUACUUGUUUCUGUCCAAAACUGUGUUUUGUAAACCACAUGCCAUUAACAUCCACAGUUUGAGCUGUAAGUUAUAUUACACAGAACUCUUUUAACCGUCCAACCCCAGUAGUCAUUGGUUUGGUAAGAAAUCUGUAUAUAAUGGAACACAUCCACAUUGUGGUUGACCUGUUUUGUUUAUAUCAGGGAUGUUGGGGAAACUUUUUUUUUUUGUUGUUAAUAUCUCCCUAAGAGAAAGCAUAUUAUAUUGUCCCCUUUUAUCCCCCAUCAAGUCAGCCACUGUAUUUUGUUGCUUAUAUGUGUUUGUGUAUAUACUUACUAUUACUGGCAAAUAAUGAGAUACUGGGGGAAAGAUUAUCCCAAGGGAGUUACAGUAAUAUAACCAGAAAAACUGAUUUCAAAAGCCCAGCCAGUUUGGGUCAUUAUCAUUAUUAUUAUUAUUGUUGUUGUUGUUGUUGUUAUUAUUAUUAUUAUUAUUAUUAUUAUUAUUAUUAUUAUUAUUAGUUAGUAAGGCCUUAUUGACCUUAUUAAUACUAAUUUCUACUCAGUAAAGACGGAAAGGUGACAUCUUGAUGUACUGUUCAAGCUAUAACCCAAAAUAUUUCCUUAAUAUUCAUGUUUGAGAACAAAAUACUGAAUGAGGAUUGCAGAAAUCUUUACAAAACUCUGUCAUAAUGUGAUGUAGUACUUACAUGCCUACGCUAAAAUGAGUACCCAGUGUUCCCUAGUGUUACUUGAGUGCUAAUUGCACUGUGGGCCAGUCAAAAGUCUAUUCGAGAGAUGAAACAAACAACACGAGGCUGUUAACAGGUCAGAAUCUAUCACUACACAUGCAGUGUUUGCUGUAUUUUUUUACUCAUUGGCAAACUUUUCUUUACAUAUUGAAGUAGCAAAUAACCUUUCAUUUGCCAAGUUUUAUAUUGCUUGUAUACAAACCACUAUGUACAUACUUUAUGUGACAGUGGUAGCGAGGUGUCUGGCCAUUUGAAAAUGAGAAAAUAAAGCUCAUGUCUAGUUAGAUGGAUUUCAUAUCGCAUCUGUCCAAUGAGGACCUAUUGAUGAAAAUGUGCUUCCUACACUGCAAAACUUGGAAAUGACAUUGUAAAUAAAGCUUGUAUAAAACAGGCUGCUUCUCUGUUUUUACAUUUUUACAUUACAUGACCAAUAAAAAAACUUUUAAAUUUU